AUGUGCAAGGCCGCUUUUGUCUAUCCGGUCCUGCAGGGCCUCUCACAGCUGAAAUGGAAUUGGUUUGUCAGGAAGAAGAGACCAUUAGUACAUUUCGAGGCCUUUGACGAGGCGAGCAGAGGGGCGGUGGGAAGUAUCAGGCUUCUUGCGGCGACCAGGGGGCGCAUCUCUUCCAUCCAAGCCGCUGCGAUCUUGGCGAGUUCGGUCGUCACGUUGACGAGUACCCAGGCUGUGAUCACCUCGUCAACCCGUUAUGCGCCAGUGGACGGUGUCGCCACUGUCGCAAGACUCCCAUCCUUUCAGAAUGGUUUGAUAUACUGCUUCGAUAGAGUUUUUUUUUUUGCCGAUGCUGACCUUUUGAUGCCAGCCUCUUUAUAUUUUAUUCAGAACGGAAUUCUGCCGCCGUUUAUGGAGGCGAUAUUCACUCCAGUGGACCAGACAUACGCCCAUCUUGCAGCGACCUGCAGCACCGGGAACUGUCAAUGGUUACCGUUCAACUCACUCGCAAUCUGUGCCUCGAUGAACGAUGUCACCGACCAGCUGAAUGUAUCUGCCGUUCAAUCUCCUAAUGCAACCCUCCCAAACGGCCAUUCUUUGGAUACUCCCCCACUACCCUGGCUGAUUAAUAUAACAGCGCGCCCGAGUUAUCUGAUGCUGGAUUAUCCAUCUACAAGCCAAACUCUGUCUUUUUCAAACCAGAUAGACCUCUUGCAGACCGAACUUAUCGAUGUUUCAAUUAUUUAUGUUGAUAACAGUUCAGAGUCAAUUACGUUCGCAGUCGUCGAGAUUCUAUUUCACUUCUGCGUCGAAUCAUAUAAAAUCGAUACUGUGAAUGGGACUACAUAUACGAAUCGCACCUCAUCGUCUACAGAUGUGGUCUUUGUUGCCAACUCAGAGGAGACAGUGGCUUUGGCGGGCCCGGGGGACCGACACAACUAUACGGCCUGUUGGCUGUGUACAUUAUUCAUGGCCUUGGGGAUGGCUCUCUAUAUGCCACCAUCACAAGGCGGGUAUCCCAGGUAUGGCGGAGAGGAUCAGAUGUGUCAAGCCAUCCUGGGUAUGAUGCAGAACAUUGCUAUCAGCUUGACUAAUGUACUUCGCUCCCUGGCUGGUUCCAACCAGACAGACACUGCCCUUCAAAUCGAAAAUUUCAUCAGCAUUCGGUGGGGCUACCUAGCAUUUCUCGCCAUCCAAGUCGUUUUACUCGGCGUAAUCAUCGAAUCCACGAGGUUGAAGAUAGAGGUCGUGAAGGGCUCCGCACUGGCUGCCCUGUUCGCUAUCAAUGCAGAGGACAAGGCGCUUCUGGAGGAGACGGAGGAGGAUGCUGACAGUAUUAACAGUAAUAGUAUGAAUAGUUGGGCCGCGAUGGCGAAAAGAUUCAAGGAUCUAUGGAUAUGUAGAGUCUAA